AAAUAAUAAAUGGCUUUCACUGUGUAGGUCGUCUGGCAGUAGGAAGCUUUACAAUAACGAUACGUUCCUUUGUGGCAUUGCGCUUCCAAAAUUCGUCCGUCUGCUGUAGACGCUUACCCGAAUCAUUCGUCAACGGGAAACGGCGGUGCGGUUCGCUUGUUUAGCGCUUGUGGCGACAAUAUCCAGCUGGCCGGAUUGUGUAGAUGCGUCCAGUUGCUCCAGCAUUUAACCUCGUUUUAUGCGCAUCAAAAGUUGUCCGGGGGUUUGCCGUUGUGUGGUGACACAAGUGAUGCCAUUUGUGUCUGGUGCUGCUGGUGCGCGGUAGGGGUAGAGGAAGCCGUUAGCUACUGCCGCUGAUGCUGUGUGCAUCGUCCAAAAACACGGACACACGGAUGCCUCGAGACGGAUGCUGUGGCGAAGCAUUCUCGCGUAAUGCAAUGCAAUUUGUUGGCGAGUGGUUGUGAAUAGCUGAGCCCUCCUGCAACAGGCCGUUUCGGUGUGCACCGUGACGGAGAAUGAAAUAGUGUAUAGCCACACCACAUUUAUUAACGCGUACCAAACACUUGCACACAACACCGCGUAGGGUGGGUGGGAGAGGCGGUUGGAAAGAGAGCAAUCGUAAUAGGGAAGGCAAAGUAGUGAAUAAUUCCGCUGUGAUUCCGAGUGUGAAACCUGAGGUGGGGAGGAAAAUGCGUGGCUUAAUGUAUUUUUUAUUUUACUUCUCCCUACUGAUCGUAAUCAAAGGUUCGCUAAGCCGUGCGCGUUUAGCUGAGGGAAGCUUGAAAUGCGUUUCCUACCAAUGUAAAGAUGGCGAAUGCAAGGAAGGUAUCGACAUUUGCGAAGAUACCGAACCCGAUCGGCCGGUGGGAUGUUUCGUGGUUUGGACAACGAACAACAUUACCAAUGAGGUGAACGUAACGCUGAAAGGAUGCUUCAUGAACCCGACCGAGUGCAAUAACACGGAGUGCAUCGAUACCACGGCAAACUCGAAGAAAAACCUCAACUAUUGCUGCUGUCGGGGCAGUCUGUGCAACAAGGAGCACAAAUGGAUACCGGAGGCAACGAAAGCGCCCGAGGUGUUACCAUCGGUGGAGAAGGUGUCGAGCUUAACGCUCGUAGUGUCCCUUACGCUCGUAUCGUUUUUCGCAGCGUUUCUUUUAAUGUCCUGGGUGUACUGCAUCCAUCACAAGCAAGCGAUGUUCAACGAAAUUCCAACGGUCGAGCCAGACAUUUCCAACUCAUCCACCAACAUAUCACACCGGCCAAUCGAUCUAAAGGACAUUAAGGCGCGCGGGCGGUUCGGUGUCGUGUGGCGGGCACAGCUCGGCAAUCAAGAGGUGGCAGUUAAAAUUUUCCCCAUGCAAGAACGCCAGUCCUGGAUUACGGAGCAGGAAAUAUUUAAGCUGCCACGUAUGAACCAUGCCAACAUUCUCGAGUUUAUCGGUUGUGAGAAGCGCAUCGAUUUGGCCAGCACAGACUUUUGGCUCAUCACUGCCUACUGCGAAAAUGGUUCGCUGUGUGACUUUCUGAAAGCGCACACGGUCAGCUGGACCGAGCUGUGCAAAAUUGCCACCACAAUGGCGCGCGGCUUAACGCAUCUGCACGAAGAGAUACAGGGCAGCCGAACGGAUGGUUUGAAGCCGUCGAUCGCGCACCGGGAUUUCAAGAGCAAAAACGUACUGCUGAAGGCGGAUCUGACCGCUUGCAUUGCUGAUUUUGGUCUAGCGCUCGUGUUUACGCCAGGCAAAUCGUGCGGCGAUACACACGGACAGGUGGGCACGCGUCGGUACAUGGCACCGGAGGUGCUCGAGGGCGCGAUCAACUUCACCCGCGAUGCCUUCCUGCGCAUUGACGUGUACGCGUGCGGGCUCGUGCUGUGGGAGCUGGUUUCACGCUGUACCGUGCAUGGUGGUCCGGUCGAUGAGUACCGGUUGCCGUUCGAGGCGGAACUCGGCCCACACCCGACGCUCGAGGAAAUGCAGGAGAACGUGGUGAUGAAGAAGCUGCGUCCACGUAUCUUUGAUCCGUGGCGUCAUCAUGCGGGAUUGAUUGCGAUCUGCGAAACGAUGGAAGACUGCUGGGAUCAUGAUGCCGAGGCACGGCUAUCGUCUUCCUGCGUGCUGGAACGGCUACUGCAGUAUGCCCGAUUCCCUACCCGACAGUUCUUUGUCGCCACCAACACAACGAACGAGCUGCCAACAAAACUAGCCACGGAAAGCCUUUAAUGCACGCGAAGGUAUGGAAGGAAGAGGACACGCAGUGAUGCAACAACAACAAAAAGAAAACUAAUCGCAAAACGCUAAACUCUGCUGUAUUACAAUCAGCCUUUUCAGCCAACGUCGGUUGACGGUUGAACAAAAGAGAGAGAGAGAGAGAGACACUACUGACGGUAGAAGAUAUCUGAUUUCUAUUCAAACGACAACUAAGGGCGCUUCAAAUAUAAAAAAGGAGGCAACGCAUUGAAGAUGCGUACGGAAUGGGAAGGAGGGGGGAGAGGGGGGGGGGGGGAAGCAAUACGUAUACACCGUUGUAUGUCAUAUCAGGGUCAAACCUUACAUAUGUAAACUGCUAAAACUACUGAGAAUGGUUGCCACAAUUGAAGCGUUAUUCAAUUGAAGCGUUGCAACUGCUCCAUUUUUUUUACUAAACUGACUAAACAUAAUCUUCCCAUCUCGCUCAUGCCGCGGCGUAACGUUUACCUUCCCUCUUUGGGUGGUGUUCGGAAUUAUGUCUUCUUCUUUUUUUUUAAACUAACACCCGCUAAUUGCUUUCUAAAUCUACUGCGCUUUCGCGCACUAAUUUUACACCCUUUUUUCGUCGCGGAUCCAACACCAAGUGAGAAGGGUGAGAUUUGUAGCUGUUGUGCCUUGUUAAAAAAAAAAAAGGAAAAAAGGGUUUAUUUUUUGUUUUUAAAAUUAUUACAAAACACAAACACAGUUCGAUUCCAUACGUAACGCCGACAGCAAGCUUUGCUAGCACCCGCUUUUGUUUAGUUUUCUUAUCCUAAAUCUUAAGACACACGGACACACCUUUAAGCAAGGUAAAGGAUUGUAUUGUAUGAUUUUAGUGUUCGAAAAUCGAUCCUUGAACUAUCCACCGAUUAACAAAAAGAAAACAACCCCCGAGAAAUGGAAAGGAAUCGUUUCGUAAAGUGCAAAUCUUAUUAUAUAAUAUUAUAUUUUACUGCAAACAAAUCAACAAAACAGACAGACAAACAACAACAACAACAAAAAACACGGUGUGAAGAGCUGCCGCCAGUGAAUUAUUAUAACCAGGAGUGGGAAAACGAGGAUGUGUGUUGUAGGUAAUGUAAGCGAAACAAUGUUCACGAACGUCCAAAAAACCAGGAGUGAGAUACUAGUAAAGGCAGGAAACAUUAGCGCACUUAGAAAGAUAGAGCGAACAAGAGGUUUCUUCGCUAGGUAUCCCGUACGUCCCUUUUAAAAGGCAACACAGGUGGGGUAAUCCGGGCGGGGGCGUGAUGGCAUUUUAUCGUGGCAAAAAGCUAUCGGUCACCGUUUUGUGCAUCAUUGUGCAUUAAAAGUUCAAAUAUACUAACAACACGGAAAGCACUUUGCUUAGCCGCGAUGAGCAACAGAACGACAUGACUGGGGCGUUUUUGCGGUAAAUGCCAACUAGCAGCAAACACUUGGUCUGGUUUGUACGCGGGAACGUGGUGUACGUUAGCAUUAAAUAAUUUUCAUGAUGUCUGUUUUACGAUAAUAUUGCUAUAUCUAGUGUUAUGUUAUGAUAUUUUUAAAUGCGUGCGUGCUUCUGCUUGCACGUAAUUGUAAUCCCCUUUUAUUUUUUACGUUUUGCUAACAGAAAACCGGAAGGAACGACUAUUAGGAUUAUACAUUGUAAGCGUAACGGAGGAGGAGCGUAAACGACAUACCGAACGGAGGAUGUAUAAAUGGCACGAUUGUAUAAAUAUAGAAUCUUAUAUAUUAAAAGCGAA